AUUAAUAAUAAAAGAAAAGGAAAAAAGUUCAUUUUCGGUUUCUAACCUAACAUUCAAUAUGAUUUAUUAUUUAUAAUGAUGCUAUAGAAAUAAUUAAUAAUAAUUAAAUAUGUAUAAAUGUUUAAUUUUACACGUUAAAUCACGAAACGUCACGUUACGUCACUUAUCCUAAAUUCAAACCAGAUAUCAUGUGAUACCAUUAGUGUAACUAAAAUAUUGAACGUAGCAGCGAUGGUUUCUUUAAUUUUAUUCGUUUAUGUGUUGUUUGUCUGUCCCAAUGGAUUAUACUUUUUAGAAUUUAGAAAUGACACGUUUUAUUUCAAAAUGGAUUUAAAUAAACCAAUUCGUAAAGUUUCAAAAGAAUUUCUUAGUGUUGCUUUGGAUACAAGUAUUUUAACAAGAGAGAAAAUGUGGGAAAGAUUCAAUACCAGCUCUCCGUAUCUCUUGUCAAUGGCAGAAGCUCUUUCGCCAGCAUUUUUCCGCUUUGGAGGCAACUAUGCUGACUAUUUAAUAUUUGAAAAACCAAGCAAUACUUGUACACAUUUGAAAAAUGUCAACAAAACUGCACGUAAUGAGAUUAUUAUGACAGGAGAAGAGUGGUUAAAAUUAAAUAAAUUUGCAACUCAAGUUAAAUGGCAACUUCUGUUUGAUUUGAAUGCCCUUCUUAGAAAAGAUGGAGCUUGGAAUCCUGAUAAUGCUGAAAUCCUUAUGAAAUUCAACAAUAAAUUUGGAUUUUUUGUUGAUUGGGAAUUAGGAAAUGAAUUAAAUAGUCAUCAUCAAUUGAAAGGAGAACAGCUCGGAAAAGAUUUUCUUAAGUUAAGAAGAAUUUUGAAUUAUUUUAAUACUACUAAAUUUAGUCUGAUAGUUGGACCUGAUAUUACAUCACACAAGUUCCAGAAUUUCUUGAAAGGGUUUUUACAAGAAGCAAGAACAGUCUUAAAUGCAGUAACAUUUCAUCAUUAUUAUGUAAAUGGAAGGACAGCCGUCAUGGAGGAUUUUUUAAAUGUUGAUAUCUUAGACAGUUUAGUAAUAUUAAUUAAAAAAAUACAUAAAAUCGUAAAUGUAGAAGCACCAAAGUUAAGUAUUUGGUUAGGUGAAACUAGUUCAGCAUAUGGUGGAGGUGCACCACAUUUAUCCAACAGUUAUAUAGCUGGAUUUUUGUGGCUGGAUAAAUUAGGAAUAUCAGCUGUUCAUGGUAUUGAUGUAGUUAUUAGACAGAGUUUAAUGCAAGGACAUUAUGCAUUAUUGACAAAAAAUUUAAAACCUCAACCAGAUUAUUGGCUGAGUGUUUUAUAUAAAUGGUUGGUUGGAGAUAAAGUUAUUAAAAUCCAUACUUUACCAUCAGAUAGAAAGUUAAGAGUUUAUGCUCAUUGUACCCAAACAGAAAGACUGUAUAACAUUUCUGAUUCAGUAACAGUUUUUAUUAUAAAUCUACAUAAUUCUACAGUAAAAGUGUAUCCAACUGAAUUAAAUACAUCUCCAAUUCAUCAAUAUCUUUUGACUCCAAAUGCAAUGAAUUUACUUUCUAGAGAAGUUAAGUUGAAUGGACAAGAAUUAAAAUUAAAUGGUACUAAUCUUCCCAAAUUUAUACCAAAAGUAAUAUUUCCACCAAUUGUUAUUCCUUCAUAUUCAUUUGGAUUUUAUGUAUUUCCAAAAAUAUCUGCAGCAGCUUGUAUAAAUAAAAGUGGAAGUUAGUAACUCUUUCAAAAUUAUAAUUGUAAUGGAAAAUAUAUAAAUUAUGGUAAAGAAUAAUUUAAUUUUUUAAAAUUAAAACAAUUACAUUUUGUAUCAAAUAUUUGUACUGUUUAAAAAUUACUUGAAGUAAUAAGUUAACAUAGGAAAAACUGUUCAGUUUUGCAGAACCACAUUGUAAUUAUU